CGCGCUUGCCAACUGUUCUCCUCGUCCAGCAACCUCUCCCCCAAACCGUGAAUUGAGGUGGUAUUUUUAAGUCACAUUCCAAACAGCGUCGAGGAAAAAAUGGGCUUUUUAUAAAAGUAAAAAGAAUAAAAACAUGGGCAGCUGGAUUCGAGGCAAUACAAUGCUUUCCUCUAAAGAAAUCAAGCAAAGCCUGGGGGAGAGGGUAGAGAGGACGGAAAAAGGGGAGGUAAAAUGUCCAAUAAUAAUGAAAUAAAGAGGGGGGGAAAACGAGUGGCUUGCUGAAUCACGCUCUUUCACUGCCUGGAAACCAUUGUGCGGCGUGAUGCUGGCUGUACCAUUGUGCAACCUACCAGAGGAGACAGGCAGGGGGCCUGGGGAAUGGGGCUGCCAUGGCAACUGGAAGGAGCACACAUGACGUCAAACACCAAGGUCUCGCGGGGGGGGACAGCGCAAGGGAGCGAAGAGAGAAGUCUCAUCUGCAGCCACGGCCGUGCUGCUAUACCGGGAUAAAUGUCCAUCACCCUCCAAAAAAAAUCCAAAUACUUGAAAUUCAUUUCCGUUUUGUGCUCGAGGAAGGAGAGAAAUCACAAGCCAGAUCUUCAUGGCUCCCAACACAGCUCUUCACGCAACCACCACUUGUGGGAGGAAGCAACACAAUGCUCAGGACAGAGUCCCUCAGGACCCAAGGGACGGCUACCGAUCUCCCCAUCCACAGCAUGUCGUGCCUCCUGCCAUGGUGCCCCAAGCCCCCAGCCUACAGCUUGCUGCUCCUUCGAGACCCCACGGCACAGAGGUACUACCUCAGUCUGCGCUCACAGAACCAGCAGUCAGCAAUGACUCCAGACCUCCUCAUGUCCGAAAGUUAUGCUGACCACCUUUCUUCUGUGCAUGUCAAACUGCAGGACACCUCCUCUCUUCUGACAUUUAACAACACGAAGUACACUGGUGAGACUACUGUGCUGGACCAGACUGCCGUGAAACUGAGAGUGCCAGUCAUAGAAAUACCACUGAGAAUUUCUACCUUCUUGGAAUAGCUAUCUUCUGUGAAGUGCGAACCGUUUCAUUCAGUGUAUCACCAAGUACAGCUCCAAGAAACGCAAUGCUGCCUCUGCCAGCUAUCUGAACACCACGUGGUACCAAGUACCAGAGCCACGCACAGUCCCACACGACCCAGAACCUAACUCAGAUGCUACCCAGUUCAGCCUAGGCAGCAGAUGCCUUCUUAAAGGACACCCCAAAAGCCUUCCGCAGGCCGUACUCUGACAGAGGAGGUAACCAAUGAACCCCUAAAAAUGUUUCACUAUGGAUGAAGUCAACUCAUCAGCCGCAUCUGGUACAUGAAGUAUAUGUUGUUCUUAAGUACACGUUCUUCCACUCUUUCUGCAUUAGCCUGUUUCCCCUGCAUGCUCUGCUAUAGGCAUUUAUUUUUUACAAGUGGAUGUUUUCACCUUGAUCUGUGCAUCAUUCCUGCAUACACAUAAUAUGUUAAUAAACAUGUACACCAAAAUUUCUGUCCCUUUGUCUCCGUACCCACAUCCUUCUUUUCCCCACACUGUAUCACAUCUGUUCUCUCAAGGCCAUAAAGACC